AUGUCGGCAACAAGAGCCGCCGCCCCUCGAUUGCGGCUUUUGCGCUCCACAAACCGCACCCAGCGUCUCAUCCACUCUUCAAGCAGCUACUCAACCUCUAGUGCUGCUCCAUCCACCUCGGUCUCCACCUCGGUCUCCAGCUCUUCCGCCAGCACCACCACCAACGCACCUUCAUCAUCCUCGACCAAGAUCAUCAGCUCCCUCAUCCUCUCUCGUCCACCCAUCGUCCUUCGCGAACCGACCAAAUUCGAGGAGGCUUAUCACGAAUACAACCGUCAACUCUCGGAAGCACUCCAACAACCUUUCCCUAAAGACUUUUACUUUAAGAAAGGUUCAGCUGCCGAAAAGCGUUUUGAAGAGGAUCAAGCUGCUUCUUCGCAAGGAUUUUCCGCUAUCGCAUCUGCUGCUGGUAAAGGAAAGGAUGCUAAGAAAGGCCAAGCUUCUGCUGCAGGUGCUUCGGAGGGACGCACAACAGGCAGUGCGGAAGGAGAAGAUCACAAAUUAUUGCCAAAAACAACUGAAGCAGAUGCCAAAAACGACGUUCGCAGUCUGGAGCGCAAACUUGAUAGAACGCUGUAUUUGGUCGUCAAAGGAAAGGGUGGGUGGAAGUUCCCUGCUAAGGCGUUGAUGGAUACUAAGCAUGAGAAUCUACACGACGUCGCACCAAAAUCAGUAACAGAAGCAUUGGGAAACCAAUUGGAUAUCUGGCUCGUCUCUAAUCUCCCCAUCGGCCUCUACAAGCCUAGUGAUGCGGAGAAGACGUACUUCCUAAAAGGACACGUUAUGGCAGGCAAUGCAGAGUUGAACAAGGGCGAGGUGGAGGAAUUCCAGUGGUUGACAAAGGAGGAGAUCGAGGAGUUGAUGAACAAGUCGAAGGGUGAAGCGUAUUGGAAGCGGGUUGAGGAUUUGCUUGAUCCUUGA